UAAUCUUUUUUCUCUCUAUUAAAACACAUGUUUAUCAACUGUUUCUCAACCUCAUAUCUUGAGCACAUAACAUACUAACAUAGAACAUUAUCAAAGAUGGAGAGUUUUGCAGAGAGAAAACCACAUGCUGUCUUGGUUCCAGGUCCAGGUCAAGGCCAUAUCAAUCCAUUUUUGAAACUAGCAAAACUUCUUCACCUAAGAGGAUUUCACAUAACCUUUGUCAACACUGAGUACAACCACAAACGCUUGCUCAAAUCAAGAGGUUCUAAUGCUCUUGAUGGUUUCACUCAUUUCUGCUUUGAAUCAAUUCCUGACAGUUUAACUCCAAUGGAAGGUGAUGGUGAUGGUGAUGUUAAUCAACAUCUGCCUUCUCUUUUUGAAUCCAUAAGAAAGAAUUUCCUCAAGCCCUUUUGUGAGCUUCUUGCUAGACUUGAUGAAUCUGCAAAUGUCGGUCGUAUUCCACAUGUUACUUGCUUAGUUUCUGACUUGUUUAUGAGCUUUACUAAUCAAGCUGCUAAAGAAUUUGCACUACCAAAUGUUCUCUUUUAUCCGGCAAGUGCAUGUUCCUUAUUGAGUAUUUUGCACUCUCCUUCCUUUGUAGAAAAAGGUCUCGUGCCACUCAAAGAUGAGAGUUACCUUGCAAAUGGAUAUUUGGAAACAGAAGUAGACCGGAUACCAGGUUUAAAACACUUUCGGUUAAAGGACAUCGAUGAUAUCAGAAAAAUGGAUCCAACUAAUAUCAUGUUUGAAUUCUUCAUUGAUAUGGCAGAUAAAGUUCAUAAAGACUCUAUUAUUAUUUUGAAUACGUUUGAUGAACUUGAGAGUGAUGCAAUUAAUGCUCUAUUCUCUAUGUUUCCUUCUCUUUACCCCAUUGGUCUGUUACCUUUAUUGUUAAAUCAAACUCCACAUAAUCAUCAACUAGCAUCUAUAGAUUCCAAUCUUUUGAAAGAAGAUACCAAGUGUCUCCAAUGGCUUGAAUGCAAGGAACUAGGAUCUGUUGUUUAUGUGAAUUUCGGUAGCGUUACAGUUCUGACUAUAGAACAGCUGUUAGAGUUUGCUUGGGGUUUGGCCAAUAGUAAGAGACCAUUUUUAUGGAUCAUUAGGCCUGAUCUAGUCAUUGGUGGCUUAGAGGUUUUGUCAACUGAAUAUGUGAGUGAAAUUUCUGAUAGAGGCCUAAUAGCAAGCUGGUGUCCACAAGAGAAAGUGUUGAACCACCGUUCAAUUGGUGGAUUCUUGACUCAUUGCGGAUGGAACUCAAUCACCGAAAGUGUUUGUGCAGGAGUGCCAAUGUUGUGUUGGCCUUUUAUUGGUGACCAACUAACAAACAGUAGAUUAAUUUGCAAUGAGUUGGAGGUUGCAAUCGAAAUCGAUACAAAUGUGAAGAGAGAGGAAGUGGAGGAGCUUGUCAAUGAAUUGAUGGUGGGAGAGAAAGGAAAGAAGAUGAGACAUAAGGUCAUGGAAUUGAAGAAGAAGGCAAAUGAGAACACAAAUCCAGGAGGUUGUUCAUACAUGAACUUAGACAAAGUGAUUAAGGAAGUGUUGCUUAAACAGAAUUAGAUAUAUAGAAUGAAAUUAUAUUCUGCUAUGCAGCAUUGUACUAAUUCAUUGAUUUUCUUCUAUUUAGUAUGUAUUUCAUUUUCAAGAAAAAUUAUGCAUCUUUUACAAGUACUAGUUAUAUUCAAUGCAAUGUUGAUGAUACUGAUAACACAUCCAUCACUAGAGUUGUACAGUAAAGGUGAACUCGCAGAAGCCCAAAAACAAGUGUAGCC